GCAGUUUACCGCUUGUUUUGGUCCUGUCAAGGCACGCUCGGGGGUUGGAAGAUUUCCGCGCGUUUUCACGAUUCCAACAUUCAAAUAGUUUCAAUUAUAGUGUUCAAUUUUCAAAAUUCGAAUAUUUUAAUAUGCAUAUAUUUUCGCGUUAGAAGCAACAGAAGAGGAGAACUAAAAAGGAUUGAUUUUUAAUCCCGCAAAAAAGUCCUUUGAUGUACGCGACGUGACGGUUGCCAGACACAGAAUAAUAAUCAUUCUUUCCAAACAAAUGUAAAAUACACCAAAAAAUAAAAAAAGAAAGAAGAGAAAACAUAAAUCGAAAAAGUACAGCAGAAUGUGUUGCAUGACGACAGAAUAGACUUCGAAUUAACUUGGGAAAAAGUGGAAAGCUGUGAAUGCGAUUACGUUUUCGCAUAUAUUUUUCAGUUGGUGGUUUACAAUGGGUCCGAAGUCGUUGCAACUUGUAUGCUACCAUUUUCUGGCUGGAUUAGUUUAUACAGUGUCUAGUGGUGGGGGUUUAAAGUGGGUGCGUGUUACGGUACCCCAAUAUCGAACUCCAGGAGAAACUGCUACUCUACACUGCGACUUUGAUUUGGGAAACGAUACUCUGUAUGCUGUAAAAUGGUAUAAGGAACACGAAGAAUUUUAUCGGUUUGUUCCUAAAGCCAGACCUCAAGCACAUUCAUAUGAAGUCGAUGGAGUUCACGUAGACAUGUCGAAAUCCGAUCGAAAAAAAGUAUUUCUGCAUCCAGUCAGCUGGAAAACUAGUGGACUUUAUAGAUGUGAAGUAUCUGCAGAAGCUCCAUCGUUUUCGUCUGCACAAAGUGAAGCAAGAAUGGAAAUAAUUUCUCUUCCUGAAGAAGAUCCCGUCAUAACUGGAGUGGAACUUCAAUAUCAAAUAGGAGACGAGAUAAGUUUGAACUGUACUUCUGGAAAAAGUCAUCCGGCUUCUAUCUUACAUUGGUACAUAAACGAGCAGCAAAUUCAGUCGCCCGAUGCUUUAGUUUACUACCCUCUCACGCAUCACCAAAAAGGUUUAUCUUCAUCCACGUUGGGUUUGGUCUUCAUUUUAACUGAACAACAUUUUCGAGGAGGUUCAAUGAGAGUUAAAUGCGUCGCAUCUAUCGCUCCAAUACUCUAUAGAAGCGACAAAGAAAGCGUUGUACAGAGCGAGAAUGUACCUCUAAGGGAAGCUCUGCUACUUGUUAAAAGUACUGCAUCUCAACUCUGCAAAUCAAUACUAACUUUACUACUUGCAUGCUGUAUGGGAUUCCUGACAAACUAAAAUGACAUCAAGGUGUACAGUGUUGCUCAAACAUUCGUAAGUGUACGGGACUUUCGUGCUGUGAUACCGACAGAACUUUCUUGGAUAUUUGUGAGUGUGUGUAAAUUCUUCUUGCUUAUUCUAUCAUUGUGUAUAGCUAGGAUAUUGUGACGUUAGAAAGAUUUUAAUAAAAUUUGUGAAAACUC